UACUGUUUAUCUGUGAGUCAAAGGGCAGCAGGUGGAGGUCAGGUGUGCGUCUCAGUGGCUUUCCUGGUCUAACGUACGGACUGCUGGCAAGCUGUCAGGUGAUGAGAUCAUUGAAAUGGGAAAUAGAGGGGCAGGGCUCAAACACUGAGUCAUAUGCACAACAAUGAGUCAUAUGCCACCAUUCGCACAGGCCCUGGAUAGGUGACUGGGGCGAGUUAACGCAACUGCUGAUUGGCAGAACUGGGGACCAAAUGCACAUGUGUCUUAGUCCUGGCCCAGAGCCCUUUAGCUGGGGUCAGCGGCUGCAUCCCUGGAUGAAAAGAUGUGGGAUCAGAGAAGCCACAAGCAGGCCACUUCCUCUCACUCACUCUUCUCAGCUUCUCAGGGGGCAGCUCCUACCCACUUUGUCAAGAUCCCUAUCUGCUCCUGCACGUGGGAAGUUUCCAGGCACUUGCGCGUUGCAUCCCUCAGAGAGGUGGGGAGGGCGUGGUCAACGCGGCCCUGGACCUGUGCACCCACCUCUUCUCCCCAUGACUUCCCCACCUGGGAGCACCCAUUUCGCUCUAUAAAAACCCUGGCCACUGCAGGAUGGGGUACGGAGAACACUUGCUUCACCAGAUUCGUGAGACCUCUCCAGAGAGACCCGAGCCAGCCCGCGAUGAAGCUCAUCACCCCGGCCCUGGUGUGCCUGCUGCUGGUGGGGACGUGGCUGCAGGAUGGGGACAGCUGGAGCCAAAGGUGUUUUGCAAGCAGUAUAGAUGUGCCGUCUUCCAAUUGUUGCUUCACAUUUGUAAGGAAAGCGAUUUCCCCGAAGAGCAUCCUGUGUUACAGAAACUCCAGUUCCUCCUGCUCCCACCAGGAUCGUCUAAUAUUCAAAUUGAAAGGAGGCAAGAAGAGCUGUGCCUUGAAGACAGACAAAUGGGUUACCGCUAUCUUACGGAAGAUAAAACCCUGCUUGCCGACGGAAAUGUGAUCUGGUUCCUUUCUACCCUGGACUCUGGAGGCCUCCUGGCUUCACCCGCCCCCUCCCCCACCCCUCCACCCUCCACCUGUUCUGCGCCAACAUUGC